CCAAGAGGUCGAGCAUGGACGGGAUGACGACGUAUGAAGACAAGGUUGACGCUAUCGGGUCGCCGCGGACAGCGUACCCCCGCGCGGCCAAGCACUUCCGCCAUGCGGUCCAGAGCCCUCGGCGCCAGACCGAGGCCGACAUUCUCAACAAGCAGCAGCUUCUCGAGAUCCAGCGCUUGCGCGAUCAAAUGGCCGAGAUGCAACUCCAGGUGCAAGCACUCACGACCGAGCGCGACAGUGCGGUCCAAGGCCGGGCGAAGAAGCCGGCGCGGUCCAUGGCGCCGUCCAUGUUUUCCGUGACGGACGAUGGCCCGCGCGAGCGUCACGUCGCCGCGGGUCUCGGGCGCCACGUGAGCAUUGCGACCAGCAACGUGCUUCGGGCGAUUCCCAAGCAAAUUCCGAACCGCGUCGCCGCGCGUGUGAGCGAGGCGUUUACGAACCCACUCAAGGCGAUCCAAUACCUCAACUCGUUCGAGUUUAGCACGGAUCUGCUCGCGCUCGCGCAGCAAGUGGCGACGAUCUUUGAAAGCGAAGCGCGCUGCGUGACCAUGGAGGUAGAUCACUUGGAGGAGGAUGCGUACCACGUGCGCGCACUUGAAACCAUGCAUGGAUAG